GAAGUAGAAUACAAAGUGCGAGCACAGUGCAAGCAAAGUACGAGAAAAAAUAAGGGCUCCCCUCGUCCCCCACCGCCGUCCCUGCCACGGGCCGCCCUCACCAGCUCACACCCACCGCGCGCGCCACUCCUCCCGGCCACUCUAUAUAUCUAUACCACGGCGGGUGCCUGUACUACGGGACGGGAGGUGACCAGGAAGCAGAGGACGAGCUAGCAUGGCCAUGGCGGGGCCUCGGUUCUCGGCCUCGGCCGUGCUGGCGGUGGCCGUGGCGGCGGCGCUGCUCUGCGUCAACUGCAAUGUGGCGCGGGCGCAGACGCCGGUGUUCGCGUGCGACGCGUCGAACGCGACGCUGGCCGGGUACGGGUUCUGCAACCGGUCGGCGAGCGCGGCGGCGCGGGCCGCUGACCUGGUGUCGCGGCUGACGCUGGGGGAGAAGGUUGGGUUCCUGGUGGACAAGCAGGCGGCGCUUCCGCGGCUGGGCAUCCCGCUCUACGAGUGGUGGUCCGAGGCGCUGCACGGCGUGUCCUACGUCGGGCCCGGCACGCGGUUCUCGCCGCUCGUGCCCGCCGCCACCAGCUUCCCGCAGCCCAUCCUCACCGCCGCGUCCUUCAACGUCACCCUCUUCCGUGCCAUCGGCGAGGUGGUGUCGAACGAGGCGCGGGCGAUGCACAACGUGGGGCUGGCGGGGCUCACGUUCUGGAGCCCCAACAUCAACAUCUUCCGCGACCCGCGGUGGGGGCGCGGGCAGGAGACGCCCGGCGAGGACCCGCUGCUGGCCAGCAAGUACGCCGUCGGCUACGUCACCGGCCUGCAGGACGCCAGCUCCGGCGACAGCCUCAAGGUCGCCGCCUGCUGCAAGCACUACACGGCCUACGACGUCGACAACUGGAACGGCGUCGAGCGCUACACCUUCAACGCCGUGGUGUCACAGCAGGAUCUGGACGACACAUUCCAGCCGCCGUUCAAGAGCUGCGUGAUCGAUGGGAAUGUGGCCAGUGUCAUGUGCUCCUACAAUCAGGUCAACGGGAAGCCCACCUGCGCAGACGAGGACCUCCUGUCAGGAGUCAUCAGAGGGGACUGGAAGCUCAACGGAUACAUUUCGUCAGACUGCGACUCGGUUGAUGUGCUGUACAAUAACCAACACUACACUAAAACCCCCGAGGACGCGGCCGCCAUCUCAAUCAAAGCAGGGCUGGACCUGAACUGCGGCAACUUCCUGGCGCAGCACACCGUGGCGGCCGUGCAGGCCGGCAAGCUGUCAGAGUCCGACGUCGACCGGGCCAUCACCAACAACUUCAUCGUUCUCAUGCGGCUGGGCUUCUUCGACGGCGACCCGCGGAAGCUCCCCUUUGGCAACCUCGGCCCCAACGACGUGUGCACGUCCGCCAACCAGGAGCUGGCCCGUGAGACUGCGUGCCAGGGCAUCGUGCUCCUCGAGAACAAGGGCGCUCUCCCGCUCUCCGCGAAGUCCAUCAAGUCCAUGGCCGUCAUUGGCCCCAACGCCAAUGCCAGCUUCACCAUGAUAGGCAACUACGAAGGAACGCCGUGCAAGUACACGACACCUCUGCAGGGCCUGGGCGCGAACGUCGCCACCGUGUACCAGCCGGGCUGCACCAACGUUGGUUGCAGCGGGAACAGCCUCCAGCUUGACGCCGCCACAAAGGCGGCGGCCAGCGCUGACGUGACCGUGCUGGUCGUCGGCGCCGACCAGUCCAUCGAGCGCGAGAGCCUGGACCGGACGAGCCUCCUCCUGCCCGGCCAGCAGCCACAGCUUGUGUCCGCGGUCGCCAACGCAUCCAGGGGCCCAUGCAUCCUCGUCAUCAUGUCCGGUGGCCCGUUCGACAUCUCGUUCGCGAAGUCCAGUGACAAGAUCUCCGCUAUUCUUUGGGUCGGCUACCCCGGCGAAGCUGGCGGCGCCGCCCUCGCAGACAUCCUCUUCGGAUACCACAACCCGAGUGGAAGGUUGCCGGUGACGUGGUACCCUGAGUCGUUCACCAAGGUCCCGAUGACCGACAUGCGAAUGCGGCCGGACCCAUCGACCGGCUAUCCUGGGCGGACGUACCGGUUCUACACCGGCGACACAGUGUACGCCUUCGGUGACGGGCUGAGCUACACCAGCUUCGCCCACCACCUCGUGUCCGCGCCGAAGCAGGUGGCUGUGCCGCUCGCGGAGGGCCACACGUGCCUCACGGAGCACUGCCUAUCCGUAGAGGCCGAGGGCGGGCACUGCGAGAACCUCGCGUUCGACGUGCACCUCCGGGUGCGGAACGCCGGCAAGAUGGGCGGCAGGCACACCGUGUUCCUGUUCUCGUCACCGCCGUCUGUGCACAACGCGCCGGCGAAGCACCUGCUGGGGUUCGAGAAGGUGGCCCUGGAGCCCGGGCAGUCGGGCGUGGUGGCGUUCAAGGUGGACGUGUGCAAGGACCUGAGCGUCGUGGACGAGCUGGGCAAUAGGAAGGUGGCGCUCGGCAGCCACACGCUCCACGUCGGGGACCUGAAGCACACGCUAAACUUGAGGGUUUAAUGGAAUAUGAAAGGGAAAUGGUAAUGAGGCCUUUGAUGCAGUUGGAAUCGGAAUUGGAUGGCUCAGGGAAAGGGUUCGUCAGAAUUGGUUAAGGAGGUUUAAUAAGGGCUCCCCGUUGGAAAAGAAUUGGAUCCACGGGAUGCUUAGUCAUUUGUUUGGGUUGUUGGAUUUAUUUGGAGGGUCGAUUUGCAAUUGUAAUCUCAAGAGAAGCUUCGCAAGUGUUAUUGAUUGGAAGGGAGAAAAGCCCAUUUGUCUAUUCAA